AUACGCUAGUGUUGAUCUAUCCUCUGUUGCCCGCCAAUAAUCAUUAAUUAGAAAUACCGUUAGUAAUUUAAAUUCUCUAAUUUUUCAUUUUUUCUCCAAACCCCAUCUCUCUCAACACAGAGACGCGCGAACAUCUGCGCACCAAUUUGAAAAAUUUAAGAGAAAUUGGAUCUUCACAAUGUCGGCCACUAGAGCGAGCGCGAAGAAACGAGUUUCGGAGUCGAACAAUUCAAAAUCAGAGAGUCGAAAACGAGUUUCCGUCGACGAUGAUUUUGAUGCGGACAUCUCCAAUGAUAUCAAAGGAAUUAUGAGUGCUCUUAAGCAGAUAAAGGAGAAGGCGCAAAAGGACGGUCAGAAGAAGAACGAAGAGACAAUUUCUAGUGUGGCUUCAGACAUAAAGUCAAUUUUGGAUGGGUUGAAAUCAAAACUUGAGAAAGAAAGGCAAAACUUUGCCAAGGCACUCUCCAAGAGCUCAAAAGAGUGUGAGAAUUUACUGAAGAAUGAGACUGCCAAGUUCCAAGCCGUUUAUGAUGGUUUCUGCAAGGAGAAAGCUACACAUCUGCAGGCCUUGAAAGAUGUUUUUGACAAAUAUGAAGAGGAGAAAGAAAGGUUAAUCUCUCGAUAUGAACAGCUAAGGAAGAAGGAGAAGAGCAUUUUAUCUGAAAAUGAGAAAGCAAGUGCAGCAAGAAUUUCCGAACUGGAUGAGUCCUUGAAGAAGAAAAAGCAGGAUGACAAGACUUUCAGCAUUCUGAAAAAGACACUGGGUUCAUUUCUGGGAGACGUCUCAGAUGAGGACUUCCUGCCCGAUGACUGAAAGCUGCUCCCAGUUUUUUGCUCUUGCAAAGGAAAACCUUUUGUUUACUUCCCAACUGACGUUUUAGAGUAAUCAACUUAUGACUUUCCCAUAUUCGAAUAACUUCACGAUCCAUGCCGUACAGAUUGAGAAAUUUCUCAUCUUUUUCCCUUCUGUUUCUACGUACUUAUUAGUUCAGCACCAAAAU